AAAGCUCACCCGCGCUCACUGCGUGCCACCAACACCGGGCACCCUCGUACCCGAGGUGUCUAAUUUUUUGUUCUCUGGGUGGCCACCUGACCACCUCCGCAGGACUGGGAACUUGUUACCUCCUGCGACUUGAGUUGGAAGUUUCAUAGUUUUCGAUAGUGAAAGGGUUUGGUGUUUCUUAACAUUCUUAGAAACGCUUCUUGCUUCUGCACAGCCACUCAGAGGCUCGAGGCGCGCUCCAGGUGGGAUCCACCAGUAACUCACUCCAUGGCCAAGGAAGUCAGUGCUUCUGGAGUUAUCAUGGACGUCGAUACUGCUCUGCAAGAGGUGCUGAAGACCGCCCUGGUCCACGAUGGCCUAGCACGAGGAAUUCACGAAGCUGCCAAAGCCUUAGGCAAGCGCCAAGCCCAUCUCUGUGUGCUUGCAUCCAAUUGUGAUAAACCUAUGUACAUCAAGUUGGUGGAAACCCUUUGCGCUGAGCACCAAAUCAACCUAAUUAAGGUUGAUGACAACAAGAAACUGGGGGAAUGGGUAGGCCUCUGCAAAACUGAUCGAAAGGGGAAACCUCGGAAAGUGAUAGGUUGCAGCUGUGUGGUGGUUAAGGACUAUGGCCAAGAAUCUCAGGCUAAAGAUGUCAUUGAAGAGUACUUCAAAUGCAAGAAAUGAACAACAAAAUUGGCUUAUUUUCUUUUAAGUUCCUAAAAACAGAAAAGUACAAUUAUCUCAAAAACUCUUGAGUUUUCGCCGGAAAUAAUAGCACUUUUUAGGAGGUUUUCUUCCAAAUGUAAACUUUGCAUUAUGUUCUUGUUUAUA